AUGUCGGAUCAGCUCGAAUACACGCUCCUGUACUGGCCCGACAUCCCAGGUCGUGGCGAGUUUGUGCGGCUCUGCUUCGAGGCUGCCGGUGUCAAGUACAGAGAAGUCAACGAUGUAGCCAAGCUGCAGAAGCUGCUAUCGAACAAGGACCUAGUCGGACUAGCUGCUCCGCACUUUGCUGUUCCCAUCCUCCGUGUCAGCGCAGGCUACGAUGCCGAAUCGGCUUCCAAAAAGGUCAAGUCAGAAACUGGUGCAGACAUCAAGGACGCUCAUGCAACGCACUACAUCAGCCAGACACCUGCGAUCCUGUUUUUUCUCGCACCACGUCUUGGACUGCUCGGUGAUGUGCACCAGCUCUCCGGACUAGAUCGCGAUGUAGCCGUUGCUCAACUUCACCAGCUCUGUGCAACUGCUCUGGAUCUUAACAACGAAGUGCACGACUCGCAUCACCCGAUCUCAGUGUCGUCCUACUACGAAGAUCAGCGAGAAGAAGCUCAGAAACGCGCUGCUGAUUUGCGCACCAAUCGUAUCCCCAAAUUCCUGAAGCUAUUUGAAACGGCACUAAGCCAGGACGGUGCUGGCUUGGAUCAGAAGAAACAGGGCGCAAGGAGAGUGUGGGGAAGCAAGACGAGUGUGGCUGAUCUGACCCUCUUUCAGGUCGUGGACGGUCUGCAGUACGCCUUGCCCAAGUAUAUGCAGAGACUUAAGGAUCAAGGCGAGUACGAGAACGUCUUUGUGCUGCACAGCGAUAUCAGAGCUGAGCUCAAGGGAUACCUCGAGAGCAAGAGGAGACUUCCCUACUCGAAUGGCGUCUUUCGAUACUAUCCAGAGCUGGACGAUGCGUAA